CUUGAGCAAUGGAAGGAACUCAAUCUGACCAAGCAUUUUCAAACGUUUGAGCGAGAGAUCACACCAUUAGUCAAGACACUCGCUUCAAUUGUGUAUUAUAAAGACAAGAUCAUUGACAUUCUCGAAAAACACCUUAAAGUACCUGAUAGUCUUGCUCUCGAUGGUCUGCUUGAUCUGAUCACCAAGCUUGCCCGGGAUCUCGAAGGAGAUUUUUACCCUUAUUUCCCCCGUCUUUUUGCUUGUAUUAUUCCUCUUGUCUACCAUCGAGAUGUCCGAUUACUUGAAAGCGUAUUCAAUUGCAUUGCGUACCUGUUCAAAUUCUUGGCUCGUCAAUUGACUCCCGAUUUAUGUGAAACAUUCUCAAUGCUGUCCAGACUUUUGGGUGAGGAUCACGAAACAAAACCAUACAUCCGCCAUUUCACAGCAGAGUCUUUUGCAUUUUUAAUGCGCAAAGCACGCGGACCAGAUUUGCAUAAGCUGGUAGCACAUAUCCUUAAUUCAUUACGUGCGGAUGGGUCGGAAGAAUAUGUUGAGGGUUUGGCUAUGCUGUUCUUUGAGUGUGUCAAGGUAAAACAUUUAAUAAAUCUGUUAAUUCAACUAAAAAAAAAAUACGGAGUGUAUUUAUUGAUAUAUCAUUAUUGGAAAAUAGCAAGUGGAUCAUCAAUUGCACUCUAG